CGUACUCGCGCCAACCCGUGCGCCACUCAGUGCUAUGCCGCUGCCGUUCGCGCCACUGCCUGCCAAAUCGAAAACAAAAACCUGAUGAGAUAUGAGAAUACUUCCCGUGGUCCUCUUGGUUUGGAUAGGCAGCCUUACAAACAAUGCUGAAACAAAAUGGAUUCCAAACUUCUUUAUACCAGAAGAGGUGCAAACUAUUUUACAACUUGCAUACUCGAAGUUGCCUCCAACAAAAAUAGGUUCAGAUAAGAGGUUUGGAGUUGGUUUUCGUCUCGGGAAGAAUGCAGACGCUCAAAUUCUCGUAGAGCUUGGUCCUCAGUCUGAAACACAGCCUCUGGAAGAACACAGCAAUGACUUCAGUAAACGUCAGAGCAGACAAAACCCUCUCACAGACUACAAGAAAAGAAACGAAAUAUUCACCGAACAAAAGAGCAACCAUACAAAGAAGAUUAAAAGAAACCAAAACAAAACAACCAAUCAGAAGCGAGCUAUACCCACUUCAAGCGUAGAAAACGGACAUGAUUCUAGUGUGAAACAAAGAACUCCGCAAAACUAUGAAUCUUUUGGAGACAUUUUUAUGAGAUGGUUCCGAUGGCUUUUACAACCAAGAGCGGAAAAUGUUAAAAACGUGCCCAAAGAAAAGCGGGAUAGUAAUGUAAAAAGUGUAAAGAUAAAAGAUGAUUUUAAUGUAAAGUCAACAAAUGGAAGGAAUUUAAGCCAAAGUAUUUUGUAAUAAAAUAAAAAUAUUU